AAAAUAUUGAAUGUCACCAAACUUUUAUUCAUUUACUUUUCCCAGAAGGUCCCACAAACCAUUUCACUUCCUUCCUCUUUUCCUUUCCUGUUCAUGUUUACUCCAUUUCCAGCAUGUACUUCGUCAUCCUUAUCAGAGGGUUCCUUCUAUCGUCGACCGGAACGAAGAAUCCAGCGGUACCGGGGACCCCGACGACGAUGCCAUUGAGAUCCGGUCUUCCCUCUCCCACUGGUUACUUUUCCCGGCGCGAUUCUUCCCGGCAGAUCUCCGACUCGAUAGAAGUCUUAUAAUCGUCGUUGGCCUCUCCUACUCUCCCGCCAAAGAAAGACUUCGUCGAUGCAAUUGUAGGAAAUGAGCAUUUAUGGCGAUGUAUGUGCGAUUUGUGGGUUUUGGCCUUUGGGGAAGAAAACCAGAUUUCUGGAGUUUGCGGGAACAAAAGGGCAGCAAGUGCAGCGGCAUUGAUACCAUGAAAAUUUAUGAAGACACUAAUAACUAAUAAUAGUAGGCAUUGCCAUCAGGGAAAAGUAGAGGACAUUAUAACACAGUGGCGGGAGCUCAAGCUUUUGAUGUACAAAUCAGGCGUUCGAAGAUUGCUUUUAUAAUAAUUUUUAAGUUCCCCCAUUUUUUUUUUGCUUUGAUUUUUUAUUUAACUGA